AUGAUUUCUUCAAGCAACUACCGUCUCGGAGGCAUAUGUCUAGUCGUAUUUGUCUUCAUUUAUGCAGUCUGGUCUCCAUUCAAGGGAUUUGUAUCUGAUAAUGUCGUGGUCUCAUCUAAACUGAAGGUGAUUGGGCCUGGAGAAAGUGCCAUCAAACAGUAUCUAGGAAGCAAAGACUGUGGAAUCAUACAAUCAGAUAUCUAUCAUGUGCCAUACCCCACCAAAUCGAACGUCUCACCCUUCUGCAAAAACAGGGCAACACUUCUCGAAGCUUUGAGCAGUGGAGGUAGACAUGGAUUCGAUGAACCAUAUGUUGGCAAAGGUUGCACAUAUCGAUGGUUUUCGACUUCCGAAAUAUGUAUGAUACUCGAAAGAUUUAGCGCUAUUGUGUUCCUUGGUGAUGAGACUGCGCAAACUAUAUAUGCUGCUCUCAACGUCUUUCUAAGAGAGGAUAUAUCGCACGGCGGCCUUCAAGAAUGGUUGAUGACAGACGAUGAGAGGAUUGUAUGUAAAUGCGAUGCUCAAUUCUUGGACAAUAAUUGUCUCGGAUAUUCUGUGAAGAAUUCCGAGGAAGUCGUUACAAACGAAGCGAAUGACCCAAAAGGAAGCCCGUACGCGUGUCAAAGAAUCCCCCAUGCUUACAUACCAUUCACGACUACACCUGCGUCGUCCGCCGCUAUAGCUACCUUUAAGUCAUUAGCAUACCAAAAACCAGAUCCUUGGCGACCUACUCCGGUGAUCUUUUCUCUUGGCCAUAAAUAUUCUCACGAUAUGAAGUUCGCCAUCGAUUCAAUAAAUGAGUGGAUAGGUAUUACCAACGGCGCUGAACGCAAUAUUCCGAUACUUCUUCUUGGUCCUACUGCCUACGGCGUUUCAAAGCAAUCCGGUAAUGAGGGAAAUAUGGAGAUAUGGAAAUACCAGGACGAGCUAAACAGAAUUACCCCUGACAAACACAUGGAUAUCCUUCGACUUUGGAAUCUAACUAUUCAGGCAAGUAGUACUGAUGGAGAAAGAUAUGGGGAGAAAGUUGCAAUGGUUCAAACUAUGAUGAUCAUCAAUUGGUUGUCGAAGCUGGAGACCUCUUAG